UUCUCCAUAUAAAAUUAACAUCAUCAUCGUCAGAAGUAACUGCUCCCAGCAUCUCCUCCUGAAUUGCUCUGUUUUUUCUCUCUGAAACAGAGCAUGACAAUGGCGGCUUCACUCGUCUUCUCUCUCUUCCUCUUUCUUCUCUCCUUUUCUGCUUCUUCAGGAGCGGGUUCCAUCGGAAUUAACUACGGAAGGGUGGCCAACGACCUUCCUCCGCCGGCCAAGGUAGUGCAGCUGCUCAAAGCCAACGGUAUUACUAGGGUCAAGCUUUACGACGCCGACUCCGACGUCCUCACAGCUCUAGCCAACUCCGGCAUUCAAGUCGUCGUGGCUCUCCCCAACGAGCUCCUCUCCUCCGCCGCAGCUGACCAGUCUUUCACAGACCAAUGGGUCCAAGCCAACAUCUCCCGCUACCACCCCGCCACUCAGUUCGAAGCCAUUGCCGUCGGAAAUGAAGUCUUUGUCGACCCUAAUAACACAACCAGAUUUCUUGUCCCCGCCAUGAAAAACGUCCAAGCUUCCCUCGCGAAACACAACCUCGACAUCAAAAUCUCGUCACCGAUCGCCCUCUCGGCGCUUCAGUCUUCAUACCCGCCUUCAUCCGGAGCCUUCAAGUCGGAAUUGAUCGAACCCGUGAUCAAACCCAUGUUGGAUUUCCUCCGACAAUCCGGAUCAUACCUCAUGGUGAACGCGUACCCGUUUUUCGCCUACGAAGCAAACUCUAACACAGUCUCUUUGGACUACGCACUGUUCAAACAGAACCCGGGGGUCGUGGAUUCGGGUAACGGGUUGCGAUACAUGAGUCUCCUCGAAGCUCAAAUCGACGCCGUUUACGCGGCCAUGUCAGCUCUUCAAUACGACGAUGUAAAGAUAGUGGUGUCCGAGACUGGUUGGCCGUCUCAGGGGGAUUCCAAUGAGGUCGGAGCUGGCGUGGACAAUGCGGCGUCGUAUAAUGGAAACUUGGUACGGCGCGUUUUGACGGGCAGUGGGACCCCCUUGAGGCAGAAGGACCCACUCAACGUCUUCUUGUUCGCUUUGUUCAACGAAAACCAGAAAUCAGGUCCGACGUCGGAGAGGAACUACGGUCUGUUCUAUCCCAGCGAGCAGAAGGUGUAUAACAUUCCACUCACGGAGGCGGAUGCGUCAAAGGCUCCGUCUAAUGUGAGCAAGAGUCAGACUCCGGUGGCCAAAGCUCCGGCGGGGACUCCGUCUCAAGGCCAGACGUGGUGUGUGGCGAACAGCAGAUCUGCGGAGGCGAAGCUGCAGACGGCGCUUGAUUAUGCGUGCGGGGAAGGAGGGGCUGAUUGCCGUCCGAUUCAACCGGGUGCCACGUGUUACAAUCCGAACACGCUGGAAGCGCAUGCUUCGUACGCGUUUAACAGUUAUUACCAGAAGAAGUCACGUGGCACUGGCACGUGCGAUUUUGGCGGGACCGCCUACGUCGUCACGCAGCCUCCUAAGUUUGGCAACUGCGACUUCCCCACGGGAUACUGAAGGGAUCAAAACAGGUGAGAGAUUGGAGCGUGAUGGGAAAUUGAAUUCAGUUCAUAGUAUAUGUCAUUGAUAUUAUUGACACUCAUUUUAGACCGUGUCCCUAGUGAUACGGACAUUUUUUUAUCUUCAUAAAUGAUAUGGUAUGGUAUAGAUUUUAGCCUGGUUA